AUGGUGACAGGAAUGGAGCUUACCUCGGACACAGGAAUGCAACAAUGCAUAGCAUGCAUACAAGGGAAGCAACAUGUCGAACCGUUUCCUAAGCAAGCACAGUGGACGUUCAAGGAGGUGGGGGAGAUGACUUACACAGAUGUGUGGGGUCCUAGCCGGACACCAGGUGUGCAUGGUGAACGUUUCAUGAUAACCUUCACAGAUGCAGCAUCCCGAUACAGGAAGGUGGCCAUGCUUCGGAGAAAGUCUGAAGUAGAAGAGGAAGUGAUGAGCUAUGUGGAAUUUGUACUCACCCAAACAGGAAAACAAUGCAAGGCAUUCAGGUUCGACAACCGUGGAGAGUAUGUGGUCGGAACACUUUGGAGGAGGCUGCAUCAGAAAGGUAUACGGAUAGAGGAGACAGCACCUUACUCUUCUCAGCAGAAUGGCGUGGCGGAGAGGCUGAACCGAACAAUACUCGAGAAAGGGCGGGCCAUGAUAGCAGCACACGAUGCACCACACUUUUUGUGGCCAGAGGCACUGGGAUACGCAGUGUAUAUGCUGAAUCAAUCACCAACAACUGCGCUACAGACAAAUCAGACACCCCACGAAGCCUUCUGGGGGGAAAAACCUGAUGUGUCGAUGCUACAGGAGUUUGGCAGAAGAUGCUGGGUCCUGGUGCAAGGUGUCAAUGAAGGCAAGCUAGCCCCAAAGUCAAAAGCUCACCGUUUUGUGGGCAUAUCAGAGGAAUCCCGGGCAUGGCGCUACCAAGUUGUGGGAACACGGAAGGUCCUAAAAUCAAGAAAUGUCAUAUUCGAAACGGGGGAGGGGGAAUACAUCCCAGGACGACAACCACCAGACAGUCCGGUUUGGCUCAAGGGGGAGGAGAGAAGAAGGGAAGCGGAUGAAGGGGGAGAGACUGGACCAACAUCAGUAAAAGCAGAAGCAGGGAGCGAGCACGAACCAAUAAAGGAAGGAGAAAACAAGGAACAGGACGCACCGGAAAGAGCGCCCCUGGUGCCGACACUUACACCACCUGGGUCCCCUCUCACGACGCCGCCCGACUCGCCACAGCUUCACCAAUAUGAGCCGUCAAGAGCAAAGAACGAUAUAUCGAGCCGGAUAGACGAGAGGAACAUCCUACCGGGACCCCGGACAAGGCAUCAGGCAGCGAGAGAGGGAGCCGACGAAACAUUCAGGGAGCUACAGAACCCAGCAAAUCAGUCCCCAAACCAGCCAGAUGCAUGGAGACAUCGAGUACCAAGAGAAGACGUCGUGAACGUGGCGGUAGUGGACCCGACAACACCCAGACAAGCAAAGGAGAGCCCAUAUGCAAGAGAAUGGCAGGAAGCGAUGGAAAAAGAGCAUGAUCAAUUAUGGGAGACCGGAACGAUGGAACUUGUGGACUUACCAGAAGGGAGACGAGCACUGGGGUGCAAGUGGGUGUACAAAACAAAGAGGAACGAGCAAGGCAAAGUGGCAGGGCGCAAAGCAAGACUGGUUGUCAUGGGCAACACAGAAAUCCCGGGAACAGACUACAACCCGGACCAGAUAUCCUCCCCAGUGGUACGUGCAGAGACGAAUCGAUUGCUGUUCGCACUGGCGGCCAAGUAUAACCUCGAAAUGGCCAUGGUAGACGUCAAGGGAGCGUUUUUGAACGGAGAGUUGAAGGAGGAGAUCUACAUGAGGCAGCCGGAGGGAUUCGACGAUGGAACGGGCAGAGUGCUGAAGCUGUGGAAGACGCUCUACAGCUUGAAACAGGCUGGAAGGGCCUGGAACCAGACCCUGGAUGCGCGAUUCAAAGAAAUGGGGUUCCAUCGGCUUCUAUCCGAUCGAUGCGUCUACAUCCGGCGGCAAUCGGAGGCCAUUACAAUCGUUGCUGUCCAUGUGGACGAUAUGUCCAUAUACGCCACGAAUUGA